CAUUAGCUUGUAUGAUAGCCAUAGUCGUACAUUAGUCUAGUACAAGCACUCAGCAGAAGAUAUACAACUCCAAUAGCUACUCAAGGAUACAACAUGGUAUCAUGAUCCAAACUGACAAAAAAAAAACAUAUUAUGAACUCACCACACCUUUCUCUUUUUCUCUGCCGUACAAUUUUUGUCGUCCCAAUAUUUUUAUUAGAAAAAUGUUCAUUGGAGGACUUAAUUGGGAAACUACAGAUGAGCGAUUACGAGAUUACUUUUCAAAGUAUGGCGAGGUGAUAGAUUGCGUUGUCAUGCGGGACGCUACCACUGGAAAAUCUCGCGGUUUUGCCUUCCUAACAUUUGCGGAUUCACAUGUGGUUGAUGAGGUCGCCUCCAGAUCGCACCAAUUGGAUGGCAAGAAUAUUGAUCCAAAAAGAGCCAUUCCUAGAGAUGAACAGGAUAAGACUGAGAAGAUCUUUGUCGGCGGUAUCCACCAAGAAGUUGAUGAAGAAGAAUUUCGACAAUACUUUAAUCGUUUCGGCAAAGUGAUCGAUGUUACCUUGAUGACAGACCGUGCUACUGGACGGCCUCGUGGUUUUGGAUUCGUUACGUUUGAAAGCUCACAAGGUGUAGAGAACGCGUUGAAUAUGCCUGGCCUUGCUAUGCGCGGCAAACCGGUUGAAGUAAAACGUGCCAUGCCCAAACAUCGCCAACAACAGUCUCCUCAUGGCGGAGACUCUCAUGGAGUAGCUGUCAACCCAUAUUUCAACAUGUAUGGCAAACAAGGCGGUGGUGGUGGUGGCAGCAGGUAUGCUGGAGCUGCUUCUGGCAUGGCACAAGGAGGCCAAGGUGGACGCGGAGGCUGGUAUGGAGGCGCUAGCGGCGGUGGCAGCGGAGGCCAAGGUGCCAAUAUGUAUGGCAACUACUAUGGAGGUGGUGGUGGCUAUCAAAAUUAUCAAAUGAUGGCUGCCGCGGCUGCUGCCUACUAUAACCGAUACAUGGGCUACUACGCCAAUCAACAGCAGCAACAACAAGACUAUGGUCAAGGAUAUCAAGAUGACGGAUACAGCGAAGGAAAUGAUGGUAAAGGCGGUGAUGGUGGCGAUGAUUACCCUGCAGACGACCAAGACCGGAGCAACGAUGGCGGCGACCAAUAUGGAGGCCACCACGACCGAUAUGGCGACAGUGGUCGAGGCGGCAGUAAUUAUUCAAGAGACCCAAGAAGAGACCCACGAUCAUCGUCCGCUUCUUACUCAUCUGGCAGUGAACGAAACUCUCGUGGCAAUAACGGUAGUGGAGGCGGUGGAGCAGUAUAUGCAUCUCAAAGUAACCGUAAUCAACACAAUUAUCGCCCCUAUUGAUGUUCAACGUUAGCAUAGGAUUGUCGUUUUUUGUUUUUGAUCCAGUACCCAUGCUUUAACGUGUUUUGUUCGCAGAGGUUGAUCCAUCUAUUUUUGUAUCCAUUUGAUACAAGGAAAUAAAAAAGCUAUAAAAGGGAUGUAAUGAAGAUCUA